GAGCGAGAAAGAGGCGUGAACGCCCGCGAAGCAAGGGCGGUCGGCUGAGGCUUCGAGAAGCCAGCUUGGGCAGAGAGGAGUCGGGUGCCUCUGGCAGGCGAUGACACCCCUCGCGGAUUAGGGGUGCCGCACUCCCGGCGAGCCGACCCGCAGGACCCCGGGAGUGUCAGGGGCCGCUUGGAACAUGUUGGCGCCGCUGGCCAGGCUCUCCUGCCCGGCAUCCCUGUGCCUUCAUGCCUUAAAAAUUAAGAGAAGUUGUCUGCCUUGCACCGCGAGAUGGGCGUCCACUUCGGCCGCGCCGCGACUCACCACCCACUACACGGUCCAUCCCCGCGAGCAGGACAAGCGCUGGGAAGGGGUGAGCAUGGAGCGCUUCGCCGAGGAGGCGGAUGUGGUCAUCGUGGGGGCAGGCCCUGCGGGGCUCUCGGCCGCUGUGCGCCUCAAGCAGCUGGCCGCGGCGCAGGGCAAGGAGAUCCGCGUGUGUCUCGUGGAGAAAGCUGCCCAGAUAGGCGCUCACACUCUCUCGGGGGCUUGCCUCGACCCAGGGGCGUUUGAAGAACUCUUCCCGGACUGGAAGGAGAAAGGGGCGCCGCUGAACACGCCUGUGACCGAAGACAGAUUCGGGAUUUUAACAGAGAAAUCUAGAAUUCCUGUGCCGAUUCUUCCAGGUCUUCCAAUGAAUAAUCAUGGCAAUUACAUUGUGCGCCUGGGACACUUGGUGAGCUGGAUGGGGGAGCAGGCAGAAGCCCUGGGGGUCGAGGUGUACCCUGGGUACGCCGCUGCCGAGGUCCUUUAUCAUGAAGAUGGUAGCGUGAAAGGAAUUGCCACUAAUGAUGUGGGAAUACAAAAGGAUGGCGCACCAAAGGCGACAUUUGAGCGAGGGCUGGAGCUGCACGCCAGAGUCACAGUGUUCGCGGAAGGUUGCCAUGGACAUCUAGCCAAGCAGCUUUAUAAGAAGUUUGAUUUGAGGGCCAACUGUCAACCCCAGACCUAUGGCAUCGGACUGAAGGAGUUAUGGAUUAUUGAUGAGAAGAACUGGAAGCCUGGGAGAGUGGAUCACACGGUUGGGUGGCCCUUGGACCGACACACCUACGGCGGCUCUUUCCUCUACCAUUUGAAUGAAGGUGAGCCCCUCGUGGCUCUCGGCCUUGUGGUUGGUCUGGACUACCAAAAUCCGUACCUGAGUCCAUUCAGAGAAUUCCAGAGGUGGAAACACCAUCCCAGCAUCAGGCCCACGCUGGAGGGCGGCAGAAGGAUCGCCUAUGGAGCCAGAGCCCUCAAUGAAGGCGGCCUGCAGUCUAUACCAAAACUCACCUUUCCUGGUGGUUUGCUAAUUGGUUGUAGCCCUGGUUUCAUGAACGUCCCCAAGAUCAAAGGUAGCCACACGGCAAUGAAAAGUGGGAUUUUGGCAGCUGAAUCAAUUUUUAACCAACUAAAUACUGAAAAUCUCCAAUCAAAGACAAUAGGACUUCAUGUAACUGAGUAUGAGGAAAAUCUGAAGAAAUCCUGGGUGUGGAAAGAGCUCUACUCCGUCCGGAACAUCAGACCGUCCUGCCAUGGGAUCCUGGGGGUGUAUGGAGGCAUGAUUUACACUGGAAUAUUCUACUGGAUAUUCAGAGGAAUGGAGCCAUGGACUUUAAAACAUAAAGGUUCUGACUCGGAGAAGCUCAGGCCGGCCAAGGACUGCGCACCUAUCGAGUACCCGAAGCCCGAUGGGCAGAUCAGCUUCGACCUGCUGUCUUCCGUGGCGCUGAGUGGUACUAACCAUGACCAUGACCAACCGGCACAUCUGACCCUGCAGGACGACAGCAUACCCGUGAGCAGAAACCUGGCAGUGUACGACGGGCCCGAGCAGCGCUUCUGCCCCGCAGGGGUGUAUGAAUUUGUGCCUUUGGAACAAGGUGAUGGAUUUCGGUUACAGAUCAAUGCGCAGAACUGUGUGCACUGUAAAACGUGUGACAUUAAGGACCCGAGUCAGAACAUUAACUGGGUGGUGCCUGAAGGGGGAGGGGGGCCUGCUUACAACGGAAUGUAACCUGCAGCGUACACAGCAAGCUGCAGUGUAGACGGAUCGGGAAAUAAACUUUAUACUACUGCA